AUGCCUCCCGCGCAGCUUCAUCCGGGAGCGCCCCAGGUGGUCGCUCCGGCGCCUGCGGUCCCUCUUCAGUCGCCACCGCCUUCGGAGCUGAUGGACGUCGACCCCUCAGCCGGGCCGCCUUCCCAAGCGGUGGCUGUGCAGCCUGUCCUGCAGCCGCUUUCCCUGGGCACCCCCAAGGAGUCUGACACCGCAGCGCCUUGUCCGGCGCCCACUCAGCAGCCGUCGACGCAGCGUCAGGAGACGCUGCCUCUCUUCGUGGGUCCCGACGCCCCGUCGCGUCCAGUACCAGAAGCUGCGCCCGUGGUCACAGAGUCAGCAAAUACAAAGUCUGGUGGAAGCAAUCGCCAAACAAGCGGCUAA